UCGCCCGGCUCGAGGCAAGUUGCGAGCCCGUCCCGAAAACCUGCUCGUCCCCAUCUGAUCAGAAGGCGAGCAGAGGAGGAGGAGGAGGGGGAGAGGCGGAAGAAGCGAGCGGAUAAUGUCAACCCCGAGCAGAUUCAAAAAGGACAAAGAGAUUAUAGCGGAGUAUGAGAGCCAAGUGAAAGAGAUCCGAGCUCAACUCAUAGAGCAGCAGAAAUGCCUGGAGCAGCAGACUGAAAUGAGAGUGCAGCUCCUUCAGGAUCUGCAGGAUUUCUUCCGCAAGAAGUCGGAAAUAGAGAUGGAGUAUUCCCGAAACCUGGAAAAAUUGGCAGAAAGGUUCAUGGCAAAAACAAGAAGUACAAAAGACCAUCAGCAGUACAAGAAAGACCAGAACCUCUUAUCACCAGUGAAUUGCUGGUACUUACUCCUGAACCAAGUGAGAAGGGAAAGCAAAGACCACGCAACAUUGAGUGAUAUCUACCUGAACAAUGUGAUCAUGCGCUUCAUGCAGAUAAGCGAAGACUCCACCAGAAUGUUCAAGAAGAGCAAAGAGAUUGCAUUUCAGCUUCAUGAAGACUUAAUGAAAGUUCUUAAUGAGCUUUACACGGUCAUGAAAACAUACCACAUGUAUCAUGCAGAGAGCAUCAGUGCAGAAAGCAAACUGAAGGAGGCAGAGAAGCAAGAAGAAAAACAGAUUGGGAGGUCAGGUGACCCUGUUUUUCAUAUUCGACUAGAAGAAAGGCACCAGAGACGGAGCUCUGUGAAAAAGAUUGAAAAAAUGAAGGAAAAACGUCAAGCAAAAUAUUCUGAAAACAAGCUGAAAUCUAUUAAGGCCCGUAAUGAAUACCUGCUCACCCUUGAAGCAACCAAUGCUUCUGUUUUCAAGUAUUAUAUUCAUGACCUUUCAGAUUUAAUUGACUGUUGUGAUCUUGGAUACCACGCAAGUCUGAACAGAGCCCUAAGAACAUAUCUUUCUGCGGAGUAUAACCUUGAAACUUCCAGGCAUGAGGGACUAGACAUCAUUGAAAAUGCAGUUGACAGCUUGGAGCCACGAAGUGACAAGCAGAGAUUCAUGGAAAUGUACCCCACUGCUUUUUGUCCACCAAUGAAAUUUGAGUUCCAGUCUCAUAUGGGUGAUGAGGUUUGUCAAGUCACUGCCCAGCAACCUGUGCAAGCGGAGCUUAUGCUUAGGUAUCAGCAGCUACAGUCACGGCUGGCCACUCUCAAAAUUGAAAAUGAGGAGGUUAAGAAAACAACAGAGGCAACCUUGCAGACAAUACAAGAUAUGGUCACCAUUGAAGACUAUGAUGUGUCAGAAUGUUUCCAGCACAGUCGCUCAACAGAGUCUGUGAAGUCCACAGUCUCUGAGACAUAUCUGAGUAAGCCUAGCAUUGCAAAAAGAAGAGCUAACCAGCAGGAAACCGAGCAAUUCUAUUUCAUGAAAUUCAGAGAAUAUUUGGAAGGUAGUAAUCUCAUCACAAAACUUCAAGCAAAGCAUGACUUGCUGCAGAGGACACUUGGAGAAGGUCACAGGGCUGAAUACAUGACAACAAGGCCUCCAAAUCUUCCCCCUAAGCCCCAGAAACACAGGAAGCCCAGACCCCGAUCACAGUAUAGUGCUAAGUUGUUUAAUGGUGAUUUGGAGUCAUUCAUCAAGGAUUCAGGACAAGUCAUUCCUCUCAUUGUGGAAAGCUGUAUCAGAUUUAUCAAUUUAUAUGGUCUUCAGCAUCAGGGAAUUUUUAGAGUGUCUGGUUCCCAGGUGGAAGUCAAUGAUAUUAAAAAUUCAUUUGAGAGAGGUGAAAAUCCUUUGGCAGAUGACCAAAGUAACCACGACAUUAACUCAGUUGCUGGAGUACUGAAGCUCUAUUUCCGAGGGCUGGAAAAUCCUGUCUUUCCUAAGGAAAGAUUUAAUGAUCUUAUUUCUUGUAUCAGAAUAGACAAUCUCUAUGAGAGGGCUCUUCACAUCCGCAAACUCCUCCUCACUUUGCCCAGGUCGGUCCUUAUAGUGAUGAGAUACCUCUUUGCCUUCCUCAACCACCUUUCGCAGUACAGUGAUGAAAACAUGAUGGAUCCAUACAACCUGGCCAUUUGUUUUGGGCCAACCCUGAUGCCUGUUCCAGACAUACAAGACCAGGUGUCUUGUCAGGCACACGUGAAUGAGAUAAUCAAAACUAUCAUCAUCCAUCAUGAGGCUAUUUUUCCAGAUGCUAAGGAACUUGAUGGCCCAGUGUACGAAAAAUGCAUGGCUGGAGAUGACUACUGUGACAGCCCAUACAGUGAACAUGGUACAUUAGAGGAAGUGGACCAGGAUGCUAGUACAGAGCCCCAUACCAGUGAAGAUGAGUGCGAGCCCAUAGAAGCUAUAGCCAAGUUUGACUACGUCGGAAGAUCUGCACGAGAACUCUCUUUCAAAAAAGGAGCUUCCCUUCUCCUGUACCAUCGAGCCUCUGAAGACUGGUGGGAAGGAAGGCACAACGGCAUUGACGGACUUGUCCCUCACCAGUACAUAGUGGUGCAGGAUAUGGAUGAUACUUUCUCCGAUACACUGAGCCAAAAAGCAGACAGUGAGGCCAGCAGCGGACCCAUAACUGAGGACAAGUCAUCAUCAAAGGACAUGAAUUCUCCCACUGACCGUCACUCCGACGUGUAUUCAGGAAGGCAAAGAAAGCGAUCAGAACCUCCACCUCCCCUAAGACGCCCCGGCAGAAGCAGUGACGGUCACUGCCCCGUACACCCGCCGCACCCCCUCUCUAAUUCGUCCAUGGAGCUGGGUUCCCCCAACCUGGCGACUCACUGCAGCCCCAGGACCCUCCUUCAAAACCGCAACCUCAAUGCCGACAGCCCUGAAAGGAGGCGUAGGCCUGGACACGGCAGUCUCACUAACAUCAGCAGGCACGACUCUCUGAAGAAGAUUGAUAGUCCUCCGAUCAGAAGAUCGACAUCCUCUGGUCAGUACACAGGCUUCAAUGACCAUAAGCCACUGGACCCAGAGUCAAUAGCUCAGGACAUCGAGGAGACGAUGAACACGGCGCUGAACGAGCUCCGCGAGCUGGAGCGGCAGAGCUCUGCGAAGCACGCCCCGGAUGUUGUGCUGGACACCUUGGAGCAGAUGAAGAACAGCCCCACCCCUGCCACCUCCACAGAGUCACUGAGCCCUCUCCAUAGUGUAGUUUUACGGAGCUCUGAGCCCCAGAUCCGCCGUAGCACUAGUUCUUCCAGUGACACCAUGAGUACUUUCAAGCCCAUGGUGGCCCCUAGAAUGGGAGUGCAGCUGAAACCUCCUGCUCUUAGGCCAAAACCUAUUGUUCUUCCAAAAACAAAUCCUAGCAUAGGGCCUUCCCCUCCUUCCCAGGGUCCAGCAGACAAAUCUUGCACAAUGUAGAAAGCUCAGCCACCCACAGUGCCCGGCUGGGCUACGCUAGGGAAAGGAAUGGAUUAACAAUAGAAGUCAGGGCUCCAUAACACCAUUUGAUUCAUGUUUAUAACUGGAGAGGCUUUGUUUUUCAGUGUUUUUGAAUGUAUUGUCUGAAACUAGCUACAUUAACAUGGGCAUUUGUAUUUUGUAUGGUUUCAAUUAAAAGAAAAACUGGACAAUUGUGCAUCAUUAAAAAAAGAAAAAACACAACGUAGACUUACUUGAAAACUUGAUGCUGCACCAUUUGUAAUAAAAUCAACACGGAUCACAAACAGCUUGCCACGUUGUACCAUAUUUCACAGUCUUACUAUGAUUACGUAAUACCAAAUCCUGCACAAAACUAAGGGGCGGGGAGGGGGUAUCGGGGGAAGUGGAAACUCUCUUUUCUAGGUCACCAAACCAAAUCUCAAGCAGGUUAGUAAGAGCCGAAAUCUAGCAUGUGAGGAUUAAGUGUCUGUGUGGCACCCCUAAGUCAUCUCAGGCCACGUCUUAUUUAAGACACACACACACACACAGAGAAAUAAAAAAUAAGAGCCCUCACAACUCUCACAAUUGGCACCAAGUUUUAGCUUUCUUGUUGGCAGUCUCACCAGAGAUGAGCGCUGAAUAGAUCUGGAGAUCACAUUGCUCUCACCGAUAAAAAAGCAUCAUUUCAGGUCACAGCUAAAGCACAUCUCCAGGAUAGUAUCCAGAAACUCCUCUUGCCAUCUGCCGUAAUAGCUUUUUCCACAAAGACAGACCCUCAUUCCCUGAUACAUUUUUCACAAAAGCUAAAUUCAUUUAAAGUUCAUAGUUCAGUGAGCCAGACUCUUGGGAGUAUGUGAAUCUGUUGGUCCAUUAGGUAGGCUGAUGGGCGAUUAAAAGGAUCAACUACACAGCAAUUCAGCGAAGUUUCCCAUUGACUUUACUGCUCAGUGUCCAAUUAAAACUGUGAUUUGAGUGGUAAUAGAGUUUCGAGCUGACCCAGCUCUGCAGGUUGCCUUACGCAGCGCAAACACCGUGCGUGUUCCCUGGGUUGUGCUGACUGCAGCAAGAAAGGGGCUCUCCGAAGACGGAUGGCCUCCUGCCAGCUGGGCAGGGGUCACUCGCAGGACAGGCAGCUGAUUUUCUACCACCUAGAUUCAAGCUGACUCAAGUUUUCCAUAACCUUUUUCCCCUUCAUUUUAAUGACAGAAAUAAAUACCUUUCUUGUGUCUGUGUGUGAGUGAAGGCUGUCAGCCUUGCUUAGCGCUCUGCUGUUGAGCUGUUACACCUGAACUAAAUGUAUGUUGCAACAGUAAGCCAUAACAUUUCUGUCAAUAUAUUUUCCAGCAUCCAACCCAUAAAAUAAGUUUUGGUGAAGAAGAUGGGGGAAGAAAAAUCCAUUGUGGUUCAGCAAGAGGAGCACAACAGGCUUUGAGUAAGAUCUGUCUUUCCACGCGUUAUUUAAGAUCUCACCACUGCAAAGCUUUAAGUCAUCCCCCUCACUAUACGUAAACAAUCAUGUUUGGGAGGGGAGGAGUAGUGAUGACACUUGACAGACAUAAUUACUGAGGUGCUGAGACUUCUGAGCAACUUACACCUGCUGUGGUUUACUCUCUGUAGAUAG